AUGAUUUUCCUGCACGCCCAAUCAAGACAUGCGGCCAGCCCAAAGCGACCUGUUUGGUGGAAAAGGUUUCGUGUUCAGCCUCGUAUCAGUUGGGGUCCAGACUUGGGUCCGCCAAUCCGGGCCAAUACAGUCCAGCCGCUAGAGUCAAGCCAUGAGCUACCUGGCUUGCCUGUCGCCGCCUACAUGCCCAGCAGUGACAACGCAAGGACGAAUCUGCUGGGGGCUCAACUUCGUGUUCGUGCCACUUGCACAGAGGCAGAUCCCGGACUCUGGUCUUGGGCGCUGGCACCUCCUCCCAAGGUGGUUCGUGUUCGAGGCCAGGGUCCGCUUGCUCCGGCUGUGGAAAUGGCUAUUGAGGUAGGGUCAAUCAUGAGCCAUCCCGACCACUUGAUCAAGGGUAUAUCGAACCCAGCCGCCGCAGCGCUGCAGAUCUCCUCUUUUCUAUCUUGGUCUCCCUCACUUCCUUCACAUAGCACAGGGCGCUGCCCUCAAGCUUUGAGUUGCUGA